AUGUCCGACUCUGAAUCUGAUCAUGAACGCGCACCAGAGCCUCAGCACGAAGUCUUUGAGGUCGAUGUAACAAAGCUGACGCCUCUCUCGCCCGAGGUCAUCUCGAAACAGGCUACUAUCAAUCUCGGUACUAUUGGUCACGUCGCACACGGAAAGAGCACGCUCGUCAAAGCGAUCUCUGGCGUACACACUGUACGUUUCAAGAACGAACUCGUCCGGAACAUUACCAUCAAACUCGGAUACGCAAAUGCCAAGAUUUACAAAUGCGACAACCCUAAAUGCCCUCGCCCAGGAAAUUAUAAAUCAUACAGCUCGAACAAAGAGGACCGACCUCUUUGUGAAAGACCUGGACACGUCUCCUUUGUAGAUUGUCCAGGACACGACAUUUUGAUGGCUACCAUGUUGAACGGUGCCGCUGUGAUGGAUGCCGCUCUCCUCCUCGUCGCCGGAAACGAAACCUGCCCUCAACCCCAGACAUCAGAGCAUCUUGCUGCCGUCGAAAUCAUGAGACUCAAACACAUUAUUAUCUUGCAGAACAAGGUUGACCUGAUCAAGCAAGCCGCUGCCGAAGAGCAUCACAAGAGUAUCACACAGUUUGUCAAGGGCACCGUUGCGGACCGAUCACCAAUCGUCCCAAUUUCGGCUCAGCUAAAGUACAAUAUCGACGCCGUAAACGAAUACAUUGUUAAGACGAUCCCUAUUCCUGAACGCGACUUUACUGCCGAUCCUCGACUUAUCAUUAUCCGAUCCUUUGACGUCAACAAGCCUGGAUCCGAAGUGGACGACUUACGAGGGGGCGUCGCCGGUGGCUCCAUCCUCACUGGUGUUCUCCGUGUCGGCCAAGAGGUCGAGAUUCGUCCUGGUAUUGUGACGAAAGAUUCGAGCGGGAACCAUCGAUGCUCGCCUAUUAUCAGCAGAAUCGUCUCCCUCCACGCAGAACAAAACCAUUUGCAGUUUGCUGUUCCGGGAGGGUUGAUUGGUGUCGGCACGCUCAUUGACCCGACACUUUGCAGAGCAGAUCGACUGGUCGGACACGUUCUUGGUGCACCAGGUCGGCUGCCCGACGUAUACACGGAACUCGAAAUCAACCUCUUCCUUCUCCGUCGACUUCUUGGAGUAAAGACCGAAGACAAAAAGCAGACAAAAGUCCAAAAACUCGCAAAAGGCGAGAUUCUUCUCGUCAACAUUGGUUCCACAUCGUGUGGUGGACGUGUCAUUUCGGUCAAGACGAGCGAUACAAAAGACGGCCCGAAAACUCUGGCAAAGAUCCAAUUGACGCAGCCGGCUUGCACAGAUAUUGGAGAAAAGGUCGCUCUUUCAAGACGUAUCGACAAGCAUUGGCGUCUCGUUGGAUGGGGAACGGUGACUCGUGGAACCGUUCUCAACGUGUAG